ACACGACAUUAAAAUGUAGUGAACACGGGUAUUGUAGAUAACCCUGCCUUGACUUUUAAAUUAUUAAGUUUCGUAAACACAUCUAACGCCGGGAACCAAUUAUUAAAUCGAGGACAUGAUAUCAUUGUGUCGAUAUUUUGCUUCAUAAAUAAUAAAACAAUUAUAUAUCUAAACCGGAUAUAUCUCAAACGGUCCGGAAUGUCCUUAGAAGGCAAGGUAUGCAUCGUUACUGGCGCUACGCGGGGCAUUGGAAAGGGGAUCGCUCUGCAGCUAGGCGCACACGGGGCCACUGUGUACAUAACAGGUCGGACGCUUAAGACGCUGGAAGGGGCGGAAUUCCCCGGAUCUUUGGAAGAGACUGCGGAAGAAGUAGUGGCUAGGGGUGGUGAAUGCAUUCCGGUCAGGUGUGACCACAAAAAUGAUGACGAGGUGAAGGCAUUGUUUGCGCAAGUUUCGAAGGAGCAAAAUGGGCGGUUAGAUCUGCUUGUCAAUAAUGCUUACUCGGCUUUCCACGCAGUUGUGAACAACAUCGCGGUGCCGUUUUGGGAACUAGGAGACGAUGUUUAUGAUGAAAUUAAUCAAGUUGGUUUGCGGAAUCACUACUUUUGCUCGGUGAUGGCGGCGCGACUUAUGGUUCCCAGAAAAUCUGGCCUCAUUGUUAACAUAUCUGGUCACGGUGGGAUGGUUCAUACGUUCAACGUCCCGUACGGCAUUGGGAAGGAAGGAUGUGACAGAAUGGCCGCUGACUGCGCAUUGGAACUGAAAACACACAAUGUGGCCUUUGUUAGCCUUUGGCCGUGUGUCGUCCUAACAGAGGGAUCACAAAUGGUUGUAAACGACCCCAAAAUUGUCUCAAAAAUGAUAAAAAUGGCCGGCGUCAGUGAGGAGAAGCUUAAGUCGAGCUACAAGUACGGGGAGUCCAUUGAAUAUGUCGGAAGGUGCGUCGUCCAUCUUGCGAAUGAUCCCAAUAUCAUGAGCAAAAGUGGAAAGAUUCACAUAACUGGUGACCUCGGUGAUUAUUACGGAUUCCUUGAUGACGCGGGUCAUAAACCGAUCAACAUUCGACGAAUUAACUGCCUGGUCAAGCAUUUCACCCCCUCUUGGGUUUCGUGGCUUUCGUAUCUAAUACCGGACUUUGUGAAAAUCCCAUCUUGGCUCAUGUCUUUUGCGGGACACAAACUGAAUUGAAUUCGUUAGUCAAGUUAGUGUAGUUGGACAAUACUCGUAUGCUGUUGCGUGCUUAGUGGAAGCCAUUUACAUUUUCUGAACUGAACAAUGAUCAACACACGUAAAGUAUCACUACGGUACGGAAUACCGUAAGGCCAUCGUGGUAACACAUUAAAAUCCAGAGGGCGACGAUGCGAUAGUGCGAUAGUACUAUGGCGACAAUGCGAUAGUGCGAUGGCGACAACGCGAUUGUACGAUGGCGACAAUGCGACAGAACGAUGGCGACAAUGCGACAGUGCGAUAGUACGAUGGCGACAAUGCUAUAAUACGAUGACGGCAGUACGAUAAAGCGAUAGUACGAUUGCGACAAUGCGAUAGUCAUGUCGUAAUUUUGCCAUCGUAUCAUCGCAUUGUCGCCAUCGUACUGUUGCAUUGUCAUACUGUCGUCAUCUUAUUAUCGCAUUUUUGCCAUCGUACUAUCGCACUGUCGCCAUCGUAUUGUCGCAUGGUCGUCACCGUACUGUCGCAUUGUCGUCUAUCGACCUCUGGUACACAUGCGCACAUCAUAUUUUUCCUAGAUGGAGCCACUUUUUAAAAUACUUUACUGUUCGGAAUAUCUUACAUCAAUACCCAUUCUAUAACUUAGAAUUUGAUUUCUUUAUAACUAUAACCUCUUAAAGUACAUCUUUAUAAAGUCAUCUAUUUUGUUUCUGCGAUAAGAUUAGUUUGUGUGCCGGAAGGCGAUAGUCGACAAUGCGAUAGUACGAUGGCGACGAUGCGAUAGUGCGAUAAUACGAUGACGACAGUGCGACAAUACGAUGGCGAUAGUACGAUGGCGACAAUGCGACAGCACGAUGACGACAAUGCGACAGUGCGACAAUACGAUGGUGACAGUGCGAUAAAACGAUGGCGAUAAUACGAUGCCGAUAGUACGAUGACUAUCGCAUUGUCGCCAUCGUACUAUCGCGCUGUCGCAUUGUCGCCAUCGUACUAUUGUAUUGUCGCCAUCGUACUAUCGCAUUGUCGCCAUCGUACUAUCGCAAUGUCGCCCUUUGGAUUUUAAUGUGUAACCACGAUGGCAUUAACGGUAUUCCGUAUUAUGGUUUGAGUCCGUUAGACUUAUUGACACUUACAAAUAAUAGAACCCAACCUUAUCGUUUGUGCUGUAAUCAUGGUUUGAUUUGAUGUACACACCACUCUGUGCAUUAUACAUAAUACCAAUUUCCCCAAUAAACAUGAUAACACAGA